AUGUUAGACAUCUUGUCGUGGAACUGCCAGAGGGCAGGCUAUGACCGUUUCGUUGCUCAUCUCCUUUCGUUUUGUGGGCCUCAUAGGCCGGACUUAGUGUUUAUUUUCGAGCCUCGUAUUAGCGAUGACCAUGCUCGCCAGGUCAUUGCAAAAAUAGGCUUUGAUGGAUCUCUCAUUGCUGAUGCUGUGGGUUUUGCAAGGGGCAUUUGGGUGUUAUGGCGUGAGUCUAACCUGGAAGUCACAGAAAUUACCAGAUGGGAGCAGAUGAUUCACAUGAAAUGUGCUCGUCGAGGAGGUUCGGGCACCUCAGUUCUAGUAUCGGCAGUGUAUGGCAGCCCUCAUGCUCUCCCUCGAAAUGAGUUGUGGGCUGAGCUUAGACGACUGUCGGGUGACAUAUCCCUGCCGUGGUUGCUAACAGGCAAUUUCAACUCCAUCCUCAGCCCGAGAGACGGAAUGGGGGGCGCGGAGUACAACGAUUACCGUACACGGGCCUUCCGCAGCUGUGUAGAUGAUUGUGCUCUACUUGAAGUUGGAUUCACUGGUCCCAGAUUCACUUGGCGUAGAGGAAAUAUUUCUCAAUGA